GGAGGCGGCGGCGGCGGCGGCGGCGGGGUCGGCGAUGGCUUUCGAGGCGCUGGCGGAGGCGGCGGAGCGAUGGUGCGCCCGCACGCCCUUCCAGCUCAUCGCCGCCGAGGAGACGGAGCGGCGCAUGGACUUCUACGCCGAGCCCGGCGUCUCCUUCUACGUGCUCUGCCCGGAGGCCGCCUGCGGCGACAAUUUCCACGUGUGGAGCGAAAGUGAGGACUGCUUACCUUUCCUGCAGCUUGCACAGGACUACAUCUCCUCCUGUGGGAAAAAGACGCUCCAUGAAAUAUUGGAAAAAGUCUUCAAAUCCUUCAGACCUUUACUUGGGCUUCCAGAUGUUGAUGAUGAUGCAUUUGAAGAAUAUAACGCAGAUGUGGAAGAAGAGGAGCCAGAAGCCGAUCACCAACAGAUGGGUGUCAGUCAGCAGUGAUUUUCUGAGAAGCUAUAAAAAAAUUUGGAAGCCUUUGGUACCAGGUGGGGUCAGGUGGUCCCACAUUAGCCUGUUUGAAUUAGCACAUCACAAGGGGAUAUCUGGCUGCCAAGAUAAAAGUUUUACAAAAAAUGGUUUUAAAAAAAAAAUAAUAAUCUGUGAUGAGCUUUGCUAAGAAGUGACCUGAAUUUUGCUCCUGCUUCAGUGGGUUUUCUAUGGAAUUGUCUUGGUAGCAUUCUGCCAUUAUCAGUCUAGAAGUAGUUUUGUCGCUGACUUGUCUCUUCGAUUUGUGUUCGAGAGUAGUGUUUGCUGACAUGAAUGUAGAGUACUGAGAAUGUAGGAGGCGUGUGGGGAGGGUGCCAAGUCCUCACCCGUGACCUUUCCAAGGAAACCAGCGCAGAGAGCAAACACCACCUGCGCUUUUCUUUUUAGUUCAACAGCUAUAGGUUUUUGACAAAGUACCAAACGUGGAGAGACUUCUCCUGAAAAACAGUAGUUUAGUAGUGGUUGGUGCUGCAGAAGUGCAUUCGAAGGCUUAACAAAAAUAAUGGGAUGUAGGAAAUCCAGGGGGUGUCAGACAUAUUGAUAUCAUCUCACUGACACCUGAGUUUCCAAGUGCUGAAUUAAUACCUGGGAAUAACUGGCACCAGCAGCACACAUUAUAACCAGCCCUGGUACUUCGACACCAUGUGAUCCAAAGGCAAGUGCUGCUUUCUUACAAAUCAAGUGAAAAAUAGCUGUUGCCUAUCCCACUUCUGCAUGACAACUAACUUUAAGCUUUGCUGGUUUUGAUACACUGCCAAAUUAUUACUCAAACCUUGUGGCAUUGUGCAUUAGAAUAAUGGAAUCAUAGAAUAUGCUGAGUUGGAAGACACCCAUCAGGAUCCUCAAGUCCAACUCUUGGCCCUGCGCAGGGCACCCUAAGAGUCAAAUCAUGUGCCUGAGAACGUUGUCCAAACACUUCUUGAACUCUGUCAGGUUUGUGCUGUGACCACUUCUCUGGGGAGCCUGUUCCAGUGCCCAGCCACCCUCUGGGUGAGGAACCUUUCCUGAUAACCAACCUAAACCGCCACUGACAGUUUCAGGCCAUUCUCUUGGGUCCUGUCCCUGGUCAUGAGAGUGAAGAGACGUGUAGCUUCCCCUCCUCGUCCCCUCCUGAGGAUGCUGAAGACCACAAUGAGGUCUCCUCUCAGUCUCCUUCAGGCUGAACAAACCAAGUGACCUCAGCCAUUCCUCACCAGGCUUCCCUUCCAGACCCUUUACCAUCCUUGUUGUCCUCCUCUGGACACUCUCUAAUAGUUAAAUGUCUUCUUUACAUUGUGGCUCCCAAAACUGCCCCCAGCACUUAAGGUGAGGCCGCCCCAGUGCAGAGCAGAGCGGAGCAGGACAGUCCCCUCCCUUGCCUGGCUGGCCAUGCUAUCCCUGAUGCCCCCCAGGACACGCUUGGCCCUCCUGGCUGCCAGGGCACUGCUGACUCACAUUCGACUUGCCAUCAGUCAGGACUCCCAGGUCCCUUUCCACAGUGCUGCUCUCCAGCCUCUCAUUCCCCACUCUUUACACACAGCCAGGGUUGUCCUGUCCCAGGUGCAGAAUCCAGCACUUGCCCCUGCUAAACUUCACACAGUUGGUGAUUGCCCAUCUCUCUAAUUUGUCAAGGUCUCUCUGCCCUCUAGAGUUGGCAGCUCCUCCCAAUUUAGUGUCAUCAGCAAACUUAGUAUUCCUUCAAGUCCUGUGUCCUGGUUGUUAAUGAGAUGUUGAAGAGCACAGGGCCAAGGAUGGAGUCCUAUGGAACCCCACUGGUGACAGAUCACCAGUCUGGUGUCACCCCAUUCACUGUAACCCUUUGUGCCCAGCCUAUGAACCCAUCCCAUGACAUGGUUAUCCAGCUGUGUGCUGGACAUUUUGGUCAGAAGGAUACUUUUGAUAGAGUAUCAAAAACUUUACUGAACUCCAAAUAUAUGACAUCAACUUGCUUCCCUUGAUCAGCCAGGUGGAUUACCCUGUCAUAAAAGGAAGUCAGGUUUGACAAGCAGGACUUUGCCUUCAUGAAGCCAAGCUGGCUGUGACUAGUGACUGAAUUGUACUCCAGGUGUUUUUAUAUACCUUCCAGAAUAAUAUUUUCCACUAUUUUACUGGGAACUGAAGUGAGACUGACAGGCCUGUAUUUUCCAGAAUCUUCCUUGAGCGCAACUUGAAUGCAACUUAACCCUGAAGCCAUAAGGGUAUCAACCAGCACCUGGCUCUUAAAAUUAUGCUGGACCUCUUCCUGGGCCUUUGAGCAAGUCUGGGCAUGUACACCUUAUUGGAGGGGAGCUAAAAUACUGCUUCAGCUGAUAUCUAGUGAGGUUUUACUUAUCAGGGGACUUGCUCCCUAAGGGGCUUGGCGAGGCCCUUAGUAUGAAGAUGACCCCUCAUACUUUUUACCUGUUUUACAUAGUUCCAAGUCACUUGGAUGAGUGCCAGACUGUGAAGAUGCAGGGUCUCUUUAUUUACUUGCCUUUUGUACUGAAAAUAUAAGAAGCAAAGGUAAUUCUGUUGUAAUACAGCUGUUUUCCACAAUCAAGAACGAUGUUUCUAAAUUUACUCCUUUUUUUCCAGUUUUUUAAAUGUUGUAAAAUGAUGGUCACACGCUUCAAAAGCCCUUUUAUACAGAAUUAGCUUUAUAAAAGCAAAGAGUGAGCAAAGAGAAAAUGCUUGGACAAUUCCUAUAAAUAACUCGCAUCAUUUUGAAAACCCUGUUGUUAAUGAUGUUUCCUUUUCAAUAGAUUUUUUAAAGACUCUUUUUCCAGGGUUACUAAAGAGAGCAAGUUUUCUUGAUGGUUUACAUUUAUGAUGAUUUGAGAGACGCAUAGCACAUGAUUUUUCCGUCGGAGGCAAAGAUCUUCCAUAACUGGGAUGAUGUGCGUUACCGGAGUCUGCACAGAAGUGUCUGCAACACUGUAAAAGUCAGAGUCUAAGAAUAUUAAAAAAAAAAAAAAAAAAAAAAAGUGGAAGAAAACCAGAGCUUAAUGCAACUUUGUACAUUCUUUCAGCAUGCAGGCAUAGACAUGGUAGUUGCAGCACCUUUUCUAUGGACUAGUGAUGUGAGAACUGUGGCAGUUCACUGUAUAACACUGUAUAGCAGCAAUAGGCUUUUUGCUUACUGAAAUAAAGUGUAAGACCAGUGGUUUCCACCCCUGCUUUAAGCCCCUAAAUUUUUCUUUCCUCUCCAGCAAGGGCAGAUGCUACAACCUUAAGCAGAGCCUUCCCUUGGAAGAAGCAAUCUCUCCAUAGCAUCCAACCCUUGUGUUGUGGCUCACACAAGUAGAUCUUAUGGGGCUGACUUUCCUUUGCUCUACUGUAGUGCAAGCCAGCAAACCUGAACAGCAGGAGCCAAAGUCCUGGUGUUUAGGUUUGCUGGGCACUUCACCCAUUUGUUUGAGGGGCAGGUGGCUGGCACCAAUGUGCAGGUGCAGGCACCCCACACACACCUGCACAGUGAGCUGGGCAGCCAGCCUGGCCUGACUGGGACACAGCCCUCUGCCUUUUACAGACAGGCAGGCUUCCAGCUGGAUUGGUCCCACAACCUGGCUCAGCGUGUGGCUGCACAGAGUGCUGGCACAGCAGAGGGGAGGGUGCAGGGUGGACAUGGGUAGUAGCUGAGGGCCUGCUGCUAAAUAUGCCUUGCACGGUGUCAGGGGCCUGUGGCAGAGAUGUGGACUGGCCUAAAUGCUGUGAGGGAUUGACUCCACAAGGCUCAGUGGGAACUGGGCGCUGGUGGCAGCAGGAUAGGCAGGAAUUCAUGAAAUGAGGAAAGACUAAGAUUCAGUGCUUGUGACUGCAUGCAGGUUGUAAUGUGUACUGCACUCUGCUCCCUUUCCCUGCAUAUUGAUGGAAUUGUUAAUGAGCAGUUGAGCACUAGUACAGUUGCAAGCAAACAAUGCUGUAAAUUAUGUAGAUAUGUUAUUAUUAUUUUCUGUAUUCACUAACUCACUUUUUCUUUGGAAUGUCAUGUGCCAUUUGAGUGACUUCCGCACAGACUGCAAGUGCUGGACAGCCAGCCCUUCUGCAGCACUCUCCCCUGCAAAACUCCCAUUGAAGGCAGGGAGAUUUUGUUCAGGCAGGACCUGCAGGACCAGGGGAUGUGUGAGGAGGUUUGGUGCUGCAGAAAGCUGAGCACUCUCAUUUCCUCUCACUUCACUAGGAGCUGAAUAUGUUGAGCCUUGCUGCUGAACUGAAGCAUGACCAGGCAGCACUGAGAAUAAACUGAAAUUUUAUACAUAGAAGAUUUAAUUUACAUGUAAUAAAUGUGAAUGAGCAUUAAUAUAGAAUGUAUUUUAUCAAAAAAAUAUUGAUUCCUUACUUUGACCAAAUACAUUUCUGUAUUACUGAGUUACUUUUCCAUACUUGCCAAAUGAUGCGAGAGGUGUGGAGCUGGUUUGUUUGUAUUACAACAUGUAUUUGUAUUUCAUUUGUAUUUUAUUUUUCCCUUCCUCCUAACACAUAUUGCCAUUAGUAGCCAUUCAGUAAUUAGUCAGGGGUAGCAUGACCCUGUGACUAGGCUGUCAGACUGAGGCACAAGAUUUGCCAACACAUGCACAAAUGCUUGCAAACCUGGGUACUCAGUGAGAUGUGGGUUUGUAUCUCUGCCAUUGCCUUGCCUGGAGCUUUAGGUGGGUCUCAGACUCUGAGAAUUCAGGGCAGGCUUCAGUUAUGCAUGCAGGCCUCCAGAAAAUUUAACAGAUAACUCCUUUGGAAGUCCUACCUUAAGCCUUUUCUGAAAGGGACUGUUAGUAUUAUUUGUCCAGCUGUGUAUAUAGCGCUUUAGGUCUGUGGGUGAACAGAGAUAUGCAUUAUCAUGGCCUAUCCUCAGAGCAAACCAGUAAUGAAAGGACACAGAAGGGUUUCCCCUUUCCCUUGGCCUUUCUCAUAGGCAUUUCAUGCUCUAACUAAAUAUAAAUACGGAGAGCAGAGCCUCUUGCAGAACUAGUGCUUCUGAAUAUGAGUUGCAUGAAUGUAGUAAGCAGAGCGCUGCUUGGGUGAUGAGAAAUACAUGGGAUUUCCAUCUGCCAGAUGGAGAGGCAGAUUUCAGAACUAUGACAAGUGCAGGGGCCAGAAUGAGCUAAGCCCCUUCAGAAAGAGAGAUGCUGAUAUUUCUGAGACAGCCAAAGCCAUCCUGUCAGGUAUCUGCGUAUUGAUGAUCACGCAUGAUCAUGCAGUUUAUGAAAAAGCUCCUCUGGACACUACUGAGGCCUUGAGCUCAGUAGUGUUUUCCUGUUAGUGUCCUGCCUGAUUAAUGCAUUGAGAUGGUUGAGGGAGGAAGGGAUAGAGAAGGCAAAUUGAAAAGCCUAUUCCUCUUCUCCAGCAUUACGAUAUUGUGUGAGUUGGUAGGAGCAGCAGUCAGGGUGCAGGAAUCUCCUUUUUUUAGGUGCAUAGUAACAUCUUUUUAAAAGGACUUGCUAUGAGAGAAAAAAAUUUGUGAGAGUGUUAUCUCACAGAAAUGGGGGGAAUAACUCACCCCUGAGCAUGAUGACCUGAACCCCUGCCAGACUUCAGCUCCACCUCCUGCCCUGCUCCCAGCUCUUUUCCCAGCAAUUUCCCUCCAUGCAUAGUGCUGUACCUUUGAAAGUCUCAUGCGUGUAAGAAUGCCGCUUCUUCUGGGAAUAGCCAUAGUCAGUUUGCCUGCAUCAGUGACAUGCAUGUCACCUGCUGCAUCCUGUCGCUGUGACCCAUGGAAGAUGUGCAGUGGUGGCUGGGGGAAGCAGGGAGCAGUUUCUGCUGCAACAUUGCUGAGUAGGUCCCUGUCUUUUACCCCUUUGUGGGGUGGGACAUGAGACUGUGAGAUUAAAAACAAUUGCAAUAACAUUGUGGACAUUGUUUUGGAAAGCUGCCAUUCAGGACAUAUUCCCAGCCUCUUUCAGCAUUUUUCCUGAUCUUUGUCUGGGAUCCAGGGCUGAUAUCUAUGGUUGUUUUACUCAGUGUUAGCUUUAGCAGUAGCAGGAGGUAAGGUUGCAUCCUUAUCCUGUGUCCAUACUUGCCUCCUGUCUGUCCUUACCAUUCUGUUCUUCUCAGAAGUUCUUACUCCCAGAAGAAGGGAAGCAUAGGAAGAAGGAGAGACAUCCCUUCUUACAUCCCACAGCUUGAAGCCAGGUGCCUCAGUGGAGCUGCAGUUCAGCACAGUGUGAGUCACACUGUCCUUUCUGUACAGGGGGAUGAGUUGGCAUGGGAGAUGUGUUAUCCCUUGAGGACCCAUGAGUGGUCCAUGCCAGACAGGGGUUGUGCAAAAGACAGCAGUCAUUCAUGUGCCAAACCCAGUAUCUUUUCACAGGCUGUUAUGUCUAGCCAGAUAAUCCAGUCUCUGAAAAUCAUAACCCAUUGAGACGCUCCAGGUUGGACAUCCAGAAAACGAGACUUGUCUUGUUGCCUUGGUCACUGGGAGGUCUCUUUCUCUGCUGGCUGUUUUCGGUCUGGCCAGAAGACAUAGGAAAUUGGGAAGGAUCCCUUCAGGGGCAUUAGCUGGAUGCCCCUUUCUGUAAAUUGCUGAGCAGAGGCAAAUGCUUUGUUUUAUGUGUUUAAUUCUGGCAGGACCUCCCCUUCUCCCCAGCAGCCUGUUUCUGCAGACAGCUGCAGCUGGGAAAGCUUUGUGUGAGAGCCAGGCAGGAGUGACUCAGGGCAGCAACUCCUAGACCCUGUAACAGGCUGGACUUGAUGUCGUCCUUGCAGGGUAACCACGGAGCUGAAGGCUCAGGGGACAUCACUUCCAAUGCAGAUAUUUAAAUAGAGUCCUCAAAUUUGGUCCUUAGAAAGCAGACCCUGUCACUUUGGGGUUUUAUUUGACUUCCAAAACUUAAUUGCACUGUUGGUGUCUGAUGUCUGUGGCAGGUGGGCAGAGGAAACUUCUUCGCUUAACCACAUUUGCUGGUUUAGUGAGCCAAAUUGUCUUUUACAUUAUCUGUGUUUGACUUUUUUCUCAUUGCUGAUUUUUUUUGAAGAAAGACAGCCCCUAAAGGCACAUUGCAUUAUUGCAAGCCCCAGUUUUUACAAAGCUGCGUAGCACUGCACUGUCAGUACGAGCUUGGACAUAAAAAAAAUACAGAUUAACAAAAAGGGCCUUCAUUUGUCUACAAGAAAAAAACCCCAAACUUCUUUGAACUAGUUAUUGCUGACUAUAAUGAACCUUACUGGUUUCAUGUAAAAUACAUGGAACUUUGAAAUUCCCUUUCUGUUCCAACAUGCUGUUGCUCAUGUAGGCAAAGAUCUGUGGUAACACUGCAGGUAAAGGAAGCUUUCAUCUUCAGGGGUGGUAGAAGUGUCAGCUCUGGAUUUCAAAAAAUGCAAUUCUUUUGUCAAGUUUUCCUUUACUAAUGCAGGGACUAGUCAGCCCUCAACACACCAAGGAGAAAUCAUGUUGUGCCAUGCUGUGCCAAGGCUGUCUUUGGUAUGGUUUCCACCAUUUUUCUGGCUGGAAGACCUCUCUGUCUUUGGGACUAUUAAGCUGUGAAAGGAGUCAGCAAAAGAAGUUGCCCUUUUGUUCAGCACUUUCAAAGCUGUAAGCCCACAGUGGAGCAUUGCAUACCUUCUGAUCCUCCUUCCUCGUCCACCACCAAGGUGUCAAAUCCAACAGUGUCAUUACACCAUGAGCUUCCCAUUAAAGAGCUUACCAAACUC